CCCCUUUGAGACACGUAUCUUCACUUUUCAACUCUUUUUUCAACCUCAUAAGAGAAGUGAGAGAAAGGAAGAAAAGGGAGAGACAAGGGCGGUGACCGGAGGGCCACCACCGUCACACCACCACGACGGACACCGUCCGGUGUCUCUGUUUUGUGGGUUUCUUGGAACCUGCCUGAAAGAUUGUACGAUGGGAUGGUUCAUAUCCAGGCUAUUGAACAGAAGACAUGUCUCUUCUUUGCCUGUUUGCCGACGACCAACCACCCACUACCAGAGAACCGCUGCUACUCAACCGUCUGGUUCGUUCACAUUCACUUUCUUCUAUCUGUAUUCAUGUGAGAAAAUCACAAAAUCUGCAAUUUUGGGGUUUCUUGAUCUUGCAAACUAGAAAUUGGGUUUGUUGGGAUUUUCUUUUUUCGUAGGUGAAAUCUUUGGGUUUGUUUUGCAUGGGCACUGAAUUUUCAAUUUGGGGGUAAUUUUUUACCGCAAUUAUUGAAAAUUCUAGGGUUCAUGACACAGAGACUAGAGACUGUUUAGAUAUAAAAUGAAGUUCAGUAAUAUUUUAUAUACUAUACUACUCAAUUAAUAGAGCAAUGGAAAUGAGCAGUGGUUUUGGUCUUGGUUUGUUCCGAUUGAACUAUUUGGGCGGUCAUCUCCCUUGAGACGCCUGUCUUUGGCUUUAAAUCUUACCCUUUUUUUUACGAAGAGAGAAGGGUAGUAACCAGAGGGUCACCACCGGCGGAUUCCGACAGUCUUGGCGGCGACGAGUUUAAACAUAAAAUCUUUGUUGAUGUUUUAGGCGACGGCAACUGGGAUUCUUGCGAGGUCUCGGCCUUUUGCCUACCCAACGAUGAUGGUGGCUUGCUACUUGGUAUGGCAACUCCGGUUGCAACCAUAGCGCCACUGAGCAGGUUAAAGGAUGAUCAUGAUCUUUUCGUAUCUGAGCUGUGAUGAAUUCAUAUAAUGACUGUAAAUCGGAUGUUGAUUUUGCCUUAGCGUGGGCGCGUGAAAGAUAGAAAAUUAAAUGGGCGGUGAUGAUAUAAGAAAAUCCUCUAUUUUCGUUGUUUUGGCGUGGCAAUCCGAUGAUUUGCAGCCACAAUGAGGUAGUAUAUCUGAGCCUUCGAACACACGUCUAAACAAACCAGAUGUGUUCAUAUUGAAAGUUUACUUUUGACGGGUGCCGGUGACUCUCAUCGGUUGAUCUAGAGACAGAAUGGGAGACUUGAGGGUGAUCUUGAACAACCGCAGCCUCAGAGACUUGAAUCGGUGUUCCGGCGAGAGUCCGUACAGGAAAGAGGAGCAGAGAAUAUGAGAGGGAUACGUCGAUUCAAGAUUGAUUUCUUCGAUUUUUAUACUACAGAUUCAAACACAAUGGAGACGAUUAGGAGAGCUUUGCACGCAGUUUCAUUAUACUCUAAUGAUCAGAGAUGUGGGAUACAUUAAGGAAAGGUCUAUUGAGCUUGGUCCGCAAGACUGCACGUCAUCUUUUACUUAAGGUAAUGUUGGAUACCAAAUCAUCAAUAGAUAAUUAGAAAGUUAAUGAUAGCAUUAGGGUCAUAUGGUUAUGGUCCUGAUGAUUCCAGCAAAUUUUUAAAAUUUGACACAAGAGGUAUUGUGUUAAUUCUUCACCAUUAAUAAUAAAAACAAGUUCUUUUAAGGAUUGUCCUUGGUUAUAAAAAAAUCAUUUACACCAGAGGUGUGAGGUGGUCAGGAGACGCCUCAGGGCCUUGAGAUGGCGCUUCAUACACAUUACGUCGAAUUUAGGGCCCGUAGAAGGCUGAUAUGUAAAAACAACCAAACGGGUGAAGAGAUUUUGAAUGGUUACUUGAUAAAAAGGUUGACAUACAUAAGAGAUGAGAGAUGCAACUUUUGGUUGUACAUAGAGCAACGUUUCGCGUACGUGAAGCUCUUGUCUUAUGCCUCGGCUUUCAGGGCCUAAACUCCUCAUAGCGCCUCGCCCUUGCUAAAACCAAGGGAUUGUUCAAUAUUUUCUUUUUGGCAGUUUUUUUCCCUUUUUCUUUCUUAUAUCUUAGUGUUACCAAUAAUUUUGUAGGACAUGAUCGUGGGUACAUCGUGGAACAUAUUCAUGCCAGAGACAGUCGAGUCUCUUUUUUAUCUCUGAUAUUUGACUGAUAAGGCUAUAGGGUAUGGUUAUGUUCCUCAUGACCACCAUUACCCUUUACAUAGGUGUUAAAUCACUAUCCUCUUUAUUUUUUUUAAUUUAUUUUUGUCUUAAAAUUAUCAAAUGGGAGGGUUGCGGUUGUCGUGGUUUAAUGCUGGCGAAUCACCAUGAUUUAAUGAGGGAGUGGUGUAGCGCAUGAAUAAUGGUCCUAUGUGGCAAAUAAUGACCCAACAAUGACCCCCAUACCCCUUAGCCUAAUAUCAAGAAUGAUACAGCUAAAACUUUCUGAAUUGGCAACCGUUUUUCUUUUCAGUAAAAUGUAUAAACAUUAAAAGCCUUAAGCCGAUAGCGUUACUGAUGAUUUGGUUGUCAGGCCUUCAGUUUUACUUUUACCUGUUAUGCGAAAGAUUUGGCAGUAUUUUACUCACUAAUACAGUUAAGUAGUUCAAAAGCACAUAAAUACUAGGAUUUAUUAACAAAACUGUUAGGUAUUACUUGAUUAAUUUAUUACUUCUGUUUAUAAAAGUACCUGUAACUUCUUUAAAUCGCAUUGAUUGGGGCCCGGAAAACUUAACAUAGUUUCCAUAUAUUUGUGUCAUGAUGUUAUUUUGUUUAAUAGUGUAGGAAUUCUGAUUGUGUUAUCGCUGUACUAAUUUGCAUUGAAGUAUUAAGGAAUCGUAUCCGAAGUGACAAGUCCAAUUAAGAUAAUGAUAAUGCAGUCUGAUUGGAAGUCAUGAGGUCCGAUGACCAUGGUAAGGUACGUGAAUAGGAGGGUGUGGUGCAUGGUAUGGGGAGGAGUUGUAGUUCCUUCAGAUCAUUUUCCAUUGCUUAAGAGAGAAUUGAAAGGUGGCUUAAGGAGAGCUUUAGCUUCAGACUAUAUAUACACCUUUUAGGAUGCUAUAUGUAAUAUGCUUAUUCUGGAUUGUGUAAACAGAAGACUUUUUUUUGCUUUAUCUGUUAGUUUUUUUGACAUUCCUGCAUCAAAUUGCAUGUACAAACUUUGGAAGUUGAAUGACAUCUUUAUUAUAAAAGAAGUUCACUGCAAGUCUUGUCUAAACAGAAAUCACGAUCGUCAAUCAUUGCGGUUUGAUAACAAACCAAAUUAUUCAUACCUAAGAAGACUUUUCCGGUAGCUCAUCAUUCGAGAAGGUUUCUUAUUGAGUUUUGAACAUGGAUCGAUUGCGCGCCGCAAAGCGCGCGGGGUUUAAAACCUAGUUUUAAUAAUGACAAAACAUAUGUUUAAGCUUGCAAUAAUGGAGUCUUAAUCAUUGUGCUUUACAAUUUUUUCCUCCAUAAAUAGCCACCAUCACAACACAAACACCACACUCGACUCAUAAAACCAGCCAUGACUAAAGACAUAGAAGUAACGGAGCACCAUGGUGGCAGCAGUGAAUACGCUGCCAAGGACUACCAUGACCCGCCUCCGGCCCCGUUAUUCGACGCCGAAGAGCUCACCAAGUGGUCAUUCUACCGUGCACUUAUAGCCGAAUUCGUCGCCACUCUCCUCUUCCUCUACGUCACCGUUUUGACCGUCAUUGGCUACAAAAGCCAGACCGAUCCGAAGUUGGACCUCGAUCAGUGCGGCGGCGUUGGCAUCCUCGGCAUCGCUUGGGCCUUUGGUGGCAUGAUCUUCAUUCUUGUUUACUGCACCGCUGGUAUUUCUGGAGGACACAUUAACCCGGCCGUGACAUUCGGGCUGUUUUUGGCGAGAAAAGUGUCGUUGGUCAGGGCGGUUGGCUACAUGGUCGCGCAAUGUUUGGGUGCCAUUUGUGGUGUAGGUUUGGUGAAGGCUUUCCAAAGCUCGUACUACAACCGAUACGGUGGUGGUGCCAACGAGUUAGCCGAUGGUUACAACAAGGGGACCGGACUCGGUGCUGAGAUCAUCGGUACCUUUGUUCUUGUUUACACCGUGUUCUCCGCCACUGACCCUAAGAGAAGUGCACGAGACUCCCAUGUUCCUGUAUUGGCACCAUUGCCUAUAGGCUUUGCCGUAUUCAUGGUGCACUUGGCCACCAUCCCGAUCACCGGCACCGGCAUCAACCCGGCCAGAAGUUUUGGCGCCGCCGUCAUUUACAACAACGAAAAGGCUUGGGAUGAUCAAUGGAUAUUCUGGGUCGGACCAUUCAUCGGAGCCUUUGCCGCUGCGGUCUACCACCAGUUUGUGCUUAGAGCCGGCGCAAUCAAGGCACUUGGUUCAUUCAGAAGCAAUGCAUAAGCUUGGAAGAUGUUGAUCAAUGGCAUUUAUUGCCUUGUAGAUAUCUUUGAAAAAAGUGUGUCAUGUAAUUGUGAUUUCUUUUUCUAUCUUUUUUAUGUAUUGUUUAAUUUGUGAAGUGCAAGUGUUAUUAUUAUUUAUUUUUCUUAAA